AUGGACUCGAAGAAAAAUUCCAAAGAAGACUCGCAGUCUUCAGGGAAGGACCAGAAGCCCGAUUCGCAAACCUCGCUGGCGCCACCCCGACGUCCAGCCGGCACCGCCCCUAGUGAUACCCCAGAUUACUUCAACUCCGUGCACAACCCCUUCUCGCUGGAGCCAAACCCUUUUGAGCAAUCAUUUAGCAGCAACCCCGGUGACACCCCCGGCAAGUCGCUGCUGCCGCCCGUCGCGUCCCUCACUUCCCCGGCCUUGCCUGGUGCAAGUUCUGCCGGUGGUUACAACUGGUCCAACUCCCUGCGCUCAGGGCCACUGAGCCCCGCCAUGCUUCCCGGGCCCACUGGAUCUAAUGAUUAUUUCGACAGUAUUGGCAGAGGCUUCCCGACACCCAACGAGUCGUCCCUCCGCACUGGCCUGACCCCGGGCGGUGGUGGGUCGAUGUUCCCGGCCCCCAGCCCUAACUCCCAGGCUUUGCUACAACAACUUCAAAACGGCGGUGCCACACCGUCGACAAUUGAGUUCCACCGUACUGCGUUGACUGCCCGGAAAAAUAGCGCGAAUGGUCAAGGAAACGAAGACCCAACCUCGAACGCGAAUAUGGACACUAAGCCUCAGCCCGUCCCCGCAGAUCAAUUUACUCAACAUGAUGCUGCCGAUGCCGCCAAUGGUCUCUUUAUGCUAGCCAAGGGUGGCCAGGCCAAUAAUAUGCAAGCGAACCCGAACAUGCAGAAUGAUAACCGCGCCGCUGCUCGGCGCGUUUCAUCCAACACAAACGGCACUAGUGGUCGUGAGAUGAGUGGUGAUGGAUCGGAGCAGGAACUCUCUAGACCCAAGGGCAAGGGCAAGAAGAAUGCCGCCAAGGCUGCUCCGGCUGCUAACAACCGUCGCAAGGCCGACGAUGGUGCUAAGGGACCUAACAAGAAGGCGAAACUCAACAGCGUUGAGCCACCGUCGGAUAUGGAUUCGGAUGAUGAAGAUAUGAAGAAAUUCUCGGGUGAUCCCAAGAAGAUGACCGAUGAAGAAAAGAGACGUAACUUCCUGGAGCGCAACCGUGUCGCUGCCUUAAAAUGUCGUCAACGCAAGAAGCAGUGGCUGGCCAACCUGCAGGCUAAGGUUGAGCUUUUCACCACCGAGAAUGAUGCGUUGACCGCUACGGUGACUCAACUUCGCGAGGAGAUUGUAAACCUUAAGACCCUUCUGCUCGCUCACAAGGAUUGCCCCGUUUCUCAAGCCCAGGGACUCGGCCCUCUUAUGAUGAAUGGCAUGUCAGCCGGAUAUGACCCACACGGAUAUGGCAUGCCUGGCCAAAUGGGUAUGCCGCCAGGUGCACCAAUUCCCUCCCAGGGCAUGCGCCGGGCGUGA